UAAACUCGGAAACUAGGUACGCAUAGGUUUCUCGACGUCCAAAAAGAUCACCAUGGCGACGCCACAGGAGCGAAAAGACUCAGUCGGUGGCAACGACGCGUAUCCCACCCCGACUUCGCCCAACCUCAAAGUACCACCCAUCCUUGAAACCAAGCCAUUCCAACACCCGCCCGGCGGCAGGAUAGUCGUCCUGAACGGCUUUUCUGGCACGGGCAAGUUCACCAUUCUCAAGCAGGCCCAAGAGCUCCUGCCCGCCGACACGACCUGCCUCCUGGAUAACCACCUGCUCAUCGACCCCGUGGUGACAGUCAUCCCCGGCCGAAGCGACGAACACCACGAGCUACGCCGAAUGGUCCGGGUGCCCAUCUUUGAGCAGCUUGGAAAACGCGCGCAGGAGGGCCACGUCAUCCUCAUGACGGCAUGCCUGGCUGAGGAUAAAAAGAGGGACGCCGCAUUCCUCCAGGAGCACCUCGACAUGGCGCGCAGGACCGGCGUGCCCAUCUUCUGGGUAAACGCGCACUGCGACCAUGCGGCCCUGGAGCAGCGCGUCGGGAGCCCCGAGCGCUGCCAGGGGGCCAAGACGAAGCUGACUGAUGUGCGCGUCCUCCGGGACCUGGUGCGUGAGCACCGCCUCAUUGAGCCACGCACGAGCGGCGACGGGUCGAAAAGGCUGGUUGUCGAGACCUUGGAUGUGAGCGGGCCGGUGGAACUCUCUGUCAGCCGUCUGAUGAGCAUGAUCGGUUUCCCACAUAGUGUCGAGGCGGUGUAAAGCUGCGCACCAGAAUGGGUUAUUUUGUCACCUAAGGUGUUCAUCCUCUGGAUCCCCGAGUCGCAGUACUGCUAUCGAGUGCUGAUGACGGCAGCAUUCGAACACGUCCAUCCGCUCUCGCUUAACUUCCACCUGUC